AACCUCAAAAUAAAAUCCGUCAAGCACUCUACAAAAAUCCUUCAGCAAGAAAUUUAUCCAAAAGUUCUGCAAUAUUAUUUCUGAUACUAAUGAAAAGUACAGCGAGAUCUACAUGCACUUUAAAAUCUUUCCUAAUAUGUCAAAAACACCUUCAUGAAUCGCGUAACUUUCCAAGUAAAAUUUUCUAAGAGGUCUGUCACAAUGCCGACAAACUCACUUAGAACUCCUAGUGUUUUUUCUCGGAAAUGCACCACGUUUAUGUUGCAAAAAUUAUGUUCCAAAAAUACUUUUAAUAGCUCCAUCAAGCACUUUCGAAAAUUCGUACGGGUUUGCUUGCUAAACUCUCUGAUGUCUUUAAGCAUUCAUUGAAAUCGGUAGAUGUUUCAAUAUUCUUCUAAAAUAAUUUCAAAAACUAGGAAUUGCAACACGAAUUCCACUUGAAGGACUUUUAGGAAAUUGAAAAGGCGCUGUCCAUAAACUACGUAGACUUUUUUCAGCCAUAUCAAAACCCCAACCCACCUUCCCCUUCGAAGACUUUUGUUUAUACAAAAAUUUUGAAAUGUGUAUGAAGCCUUGACUUUGGCCAGACCCCCCGUCUCCUCCUAAGAGUCUACGUAGUUUAUCGACAAGGCCUGAUUCUGUAUUCGUUACAUAAUUAUCAUCUUGAAAUAGCUGAAACUUUUCAAAUGCUUUUCAGGAAUAUAACAUGUAAAAGAGAAUGUCUUUUCUAAAUUUGUAAUUUUAUUGGGAUCUUUGGUAAAUUAGUCACUUGAUUCUUUCCAUAUUCUCAUAAAAAAUUGUUGCGUAUUGCGCAAUCGAUAUUUUAAAGAUGCACGCGUUCAGUGUUCAGUGUGUUAGAGCGGUUUCCAAUACCUCUUCAAGUGAGAGAACUGAGAGAAAAGAGAAUGAAAUAAAAUAGGAUCAGAUUGAUCUGUGACUCCAACGAGAAUAGUUGUGUUUUUCUUCAAUUUGAUCAAAUGAACGAAGUUCCCAAUUAAAGUAUAAUUUAUUUAAAUUGUUAAAAUAUAACAGCUGGCGACGAAGGUAAAUUGGAUUGAGUAGUGUCAAACGGAAUAUUUCUUGUAGCAAAGAAAAUUCUAGUGUGACUGGUGUAAAGUUUGCAGAGUAGUGAAAACUUGUGCGUAGAUGGUGUGCUAGUGUUGAACAUUCAGUUUGAAUAAAAGCAGCCAUUGAAGUAGAAAAGCUAAAGAAACAUUAAAAAAAAUAUAUAUAUUUUUCGAUUUAUAAAAAGCUAAAAAGUGGUUAUUUUGUCUAACGUGCAGUGGUCAUCUUUUGUUCUUUUCAUCGUUUACAGUUGCAAUUACAGUGACCGCCAUAGCAAUUGUAUCUGCUGUGGAACAAAUUCACAAUUGAACAUUGUGAAAAGAACAAAGAAAUCUGGCGCCUUGUUGCUGGUCAUCUAACGUGAGCUACGCACAGUGAGAAUAGUGAGGCGGAAUUAGCGGCGAGAAUUCACCGUGAGUAGUGAGCUGCGUUGCGAGAAAGGCCGUCGGCUGUGUCUCAUCUCAUUCAUCACUCAAAGGUCUACGACUGUGUGAGUGCAUCUGCAUCAACCGUAAGUUUUUUUCCUAGUGUUAUUGCAAAAACAUAAAACAAUAUGCCGUCGUUUGGUACUCUGGAUCACUACGUAAAAGGCUCUUCUUUCACUAACUACAUGGAGCGACUGGAACACCUGAGCUCGUUUAAUGGUUGGACAGAGGCAAAUAAAAAAUCUGUUCUUAUUGCACUUACUGGUCCAGUGGUGUAUGAUGAGUUGAAACUUAUUUUCCCCACUGUAGAGUUAGCAACACUCAAUUAUGCUGACAUGGUGAAGAAAUUGAAAGAGCGGUUUGAUAAAGUGGAUCCUGACAUGAUGCAACGGUUUCAUUUCUAUAACAGGUUUCAAAAAGGUGAUGAAUCUGCUGAGAGUUUUAUUUUAUCAGUAAAAUUGCAAGCAGAGCUGUGUAAUUUCCAACAGUUCAAAGAAACAGCCAUCAGGGAUCGUCUAAUUAUGGGAAUGCUUGACAAGGAACUACAGAAGUCAUUAUUAAUGUCUGAGGAGUUAACGCUAGCAGUGAUCGAAAAGAAAUUAUUGAGUAGUGAAGUGGCUAACAAGCAGACAAGAGCGAUGACUGGUGAACUGAAAACCGACCAAGUGCAUUCUGUUAAAAGUAGAUUAGGCGAUAAAGUCGGUGAGAGUAGUCGUGAAUACCGCAGUCGUUAUGAUAAUCAGUACGGUAGCCGAAAUUUUAACAGGAAUGAUAAACGUGUUAGUUUUCGAGCAAGAUCGCCAUCCGGUCACAGGGCUCGCCGAUCGUACGCGAACGCAGUAUGCAAUUAUUGUAAAAAGAAGGGUCAUCUCAGGCGUGAUUGUUACAGUUAUCAGAACAGGUACUCAGUGCGAUUUGUGAAAGAGAAUGAUGACAAAGACACUAGUUAUGACUUCAAACGGUCAGCAGGACGUGAAAGCUCGGAUGAAGAAACGGACGGUAUGGAGUGUUUAAUGAUAUCGGCGGUAAAAAUGAUUAAUGAACCUUGUAUGAUAACAGCAAAAGUGCAAAAUCGUUCGAUGCGAAUGGAAAUAGAUUCGGGGUCAGCUGUGUCGGUUAUAGGUCAGGCUGAUUAUAAGAAAUUGUUCUGCGGUGUUCCAAUGGUUCGAUCUAGUAGGCACUUGGUAGUUGUUGAUGGUGCUCGCCUAAGAAUACUUGGUGAGAUUUUGGUGCAGGUUGAAUUGAAUGGUGUCGUGGAUGAGCAAAAGUUAAUUGUCUUAGAGUGUAGCAACAGCUUUGUUCCAUUGAUAGGCAGGUCUUGGUUGGAUCGUUUCUAUCCAGGCUGGAGGUCUGGUUUUACAAAUGCGACGAUGAUCAAUAAUUUGGCUCAAGAUAAAGACUUUUCAGAGCCGGUUGUUGGAUAUGAAGGUGACCUGGUUUUGAAAAGCGACCAACCGAUUUUUAAGAAGGCCUAUACUGUACCGUACAAGCUAAAGGAGAAAAUGGAAAAACACUUGGAAAUGCUCGAACAACAGAAAGUGAUAACACCUAUAAAGGCUAGCGAGUGGGCGUCACCUGUGAUAGUGGUAGUGAAGAAGGAUCAGGAUAUCCGAAUGGUAAUAGACUGUAAGGUAUCAAUUAACAAAGCAAUAGUGCCUAAUACGUAUCCACUACCACUAGCACAGGAUAUAUUCGCCUCCCUAGCAGGCUGUAAGGUUUUCUGCUGUCUUGAUCUGGCUGGUGCUUAUACACAGGUUAAACUAUCGAAGAGAUCCAGAAAGUUUACUGUUAUAAAUACGAUGAAAGGGUUGUAUACAUACAACAGGCUUCCGCAGGGUGCUUCGAGCUCUGCGGCAAUUUUCCAACAGAUCAUGGAUCAGAUACUGCACGGUUUGAAAAAUGUUAGUUGCUAUUUAGACGACGUCUUAAUAGCUGGAGAAACAAUAGAAGAGUGUGCUAAAACUUUGGAAUUGGUUCUCGACCGGCUAGCAAAAGCAAAUGUGAAAGUUAAUUUCAAAAAGUGCAAAUUUUUUGUAACUAGACUGCCGUACUUGGGACAUCUGUUAACUGACAAAGGUCUUUUGCCGUCUCCAGAAAAAGUUUCGACGAUUAGCCAAGCCAAAGCACCUACAAAUGUUACGGAGUUAAGAGCUUUCCUUGGUUUGGUCAAUUUUUAUAACAAAUUUUUACCAAAUGUUUCGACAAAGCUAAGGAGUCUUUACGCUUUGUUGUCCAACGAUACAAAAUUUGAAUGGACUGAGGAAUGUGAGGAAGCUUUUCGAUUUUCCAAAACGGCUUUGUUAAACGCAGAUAUGCUUGAGUAUUACGAUCCACAAAAACCACUCAUAGUAGUUUCAGAUGCUAGUUCAUAUGGAUUGGGGGGGGUGUUAGCCCAUGAAGUUGAUGGUUUAGAAAAGCCCAUAUGCUUUACUUCAUUUUCAUUGAAUUCUGCUCAAAAACGAUACCCCAUUCUUCAUUUGGAAGCAUUGGCACUAGUUUGCACGGUGAAGAAAUUUCACAAAUUUCUUUUUGGCCAAACAUUCAAGGUGUAUACUGACCACAAACCUUUGGUAGGUAUAUUUGGCAAAACGGGCACCAAUUCAUUGUUUGUGACUAGGAUCCAAAGAUAUACUAUGGAGUUGUCUAUUUAUGAUUUUGUAAUUGAAUACAGAGCAUCUGUGAACAUGGGUAACGCUGACUUUUGCUCACGUUUUCCGUUAGAACAGUCAGUACCAAAAAGCUUGGAUAUUGGAAAUAUAAACAGUUUGAACCUUUCAAGCACAUUUCCUCUAGAUUAUGCCUUGAUAGCCAAAGAAUCUUCGACGGAUUCUUGUUUGGCAGAAGUGAUAAAAUUUGUUGAAAAUGAUUGGCCGGAAAAUCUACAGGGUUCGUUUAAAGAUUUUGCUUCUUUGAGAACUGAUCUUGAAGUGGUUCAAAAUUGCCUUCUUUACCAAGACAGAGUUGUUAUACCUACAUCAUUGAAAAAUGGUAUACUUAAGCUUCUGCAUGCCAAUCACAUUGGCAUAACAAAAAUGAAGCAUUUGGCACGACAAACGGUGUUUUGGCCUGGAUUAUCAACCGACAUAGAGCAUUUCGUGAAAUCUUGCGAGGCAUGUAUAAAAAUGGGUAUAGUUCCAGCAAAACCACCUCAUAGUAAAUGGAUACCAACGACCAGACCUUUCAGUCGUAUCCAUGCUGAUUUUUUCUAUUUUGAAGGUAAAACCUUCCUGUUGGUUGUAGACAGUCACUCAAAGUGGGUGGAAAUAGAAGUAAUGUUGCAUGGUACAGAUGCAAAACGGGUUAAUAAUUCGCUUGCAUCCCUUUUUACUAGAUUUGGGUUACCUGAUGUGAUGGUUACGGAUGGAGGACCACCUUUUAACUCUAGAGAAUUUACAUCUUUCCUACAGAAACAUGGAGUAAAAGUUAUGAAAAGUCCUCCUUAUAAUCCCACUAGUAAUGGGCAAGCGGAACGCUUAGUUAGAGUAGUUAAAGAUGUUUUCAAAAAGUACCUAUUAGAUCCUGAAAUGAGGGAAUUAGAUUUGAAGAGUAAAAUCAACUUUUUCCUAAUUAAUUAUCGCAAUCAAAUAGCAAACAAAGAUGGACUUCCUCCAUCGCACAAAGUGUUAUCGUACAGGCCCAAGAUUUUACUCGACUUAAUUCACCCAAAUAAGCAAUAUGGCAAGUUUUUGGACGAACCUAACACUACACAAAUUGAUGUAAAACUCCCUGAGAAACCAGACCCAUUUUUAAAGCUAGUGGUAGGGGAUACUGUUUAUUAUAAAAACUACAGAAAAACCGAUCCUGAAAGAUGGAUUGAGGCGAGAUUUGUCAAACAAAUUUCUAAUAACACGUUUGAAAUCUCCCUCCACAGGACAACCAUCAUGGCUCACAGGAGUCAGUUGAAGCUACCCCACUCGAGAAGCCAAAGUUCGAAAUUGGCACUACCAGAAGUGCAGAGAAGGAAGCGCAGUUACCCGAAUCCAGACGACAUGGAAUUCCAGGGCUGGUCUGAGCCUGAGGAAGAACCAUUUCUAGGGUUUCCCGAACAAGUAUUGGACGACAGAUACGGCCACAGUUCCAAACAGUCGAAGCGACCGAAAUUAGACGACGGUGUGAUCAUGACCAGAAGCCGAGCGAAGAGACAGAAUAGUGGAUUAAACUAAAUGAAUUAUUCUGAACGUAAUAUUUGCAUGAAGUGCUUUCAGAUCUAGCAAUUAAGUAAAAAAAAAAAAGAAUUCGAGUACUUAAAAAGAAUUGUCUGAAUUGUUUAAAUCAUUAAGCUUUACUGAAUAUGAUAAGUUAAGUGUUAAGUUCACAAAAGUUCUAUAGAGGGAAGGACUGUUGCGUAUUGCGCAAUCGAUAUUUUAAAGAUGCACGCGUUCAGUGUUCAGUGUGUUAGAGCGGUUUCCAAUACCUCUUCAAGUGAGAGAACUGAGAGAAAAGAGAAUGAAAUAAAAUAGGAUCAGAUUGAUCUGUGACUCCAACGAGAAUAGUUGUGUUUUUCUUCAAUUUGAUCAAAUGAACGAAGUUCCCAAUUAAAGUAUAAUUUAUUUAAAUUGUUAAAAUAUAACAAAAAUCUCGAUGGUUUCUUUACUGUAGACUUAGAUCUAUGAAGGACUUCUUGCAGAAGGCAAGACUCAGUUUUUUUUUUCAGAAUUUGACCCACAUAGGUAUUUUUAUCAAACAAUUAAACCUGCAUAUAAUCUGGUACGCAUCAUAGAUUAUAUCGGAUGUAUUCGUGAGUUAUCAACACAGAUAUUUUGCCGUACCAAGAAACAUUUCAAAAGUUCACCCAAUUUUUAAAUUUACGUAAAUUUAAAUAGUGGUCUGUUCGAGAACACGGUAGAAAACUAUUAUGAAUCUUG